AACUUGUCUCUUUAGGUCACUUCCCGGUACUCGAGUAUAAGAAGGCAGGUUUUCGGAGGGACUCUGCUAGUCGUUUUAUAGCUGCUCUCCACAAACCAUCAAACGAAAUGAUAACGAGGGCAUUUCUGGUAGUGGCGUUAGCGGCGACCGUCCGCUGCGCAGCGGUUGCUGAGGAAUCUUCUUCAGACAGAGAUUCCAAAUUAUUUCCUGUAGUACAAAUCGUCACCUUUGAAAAUGGCCCGUGCACGGCGGGCACCGGAGAAAGGGGAACCUGCUACAGCCAAAAGGAAUGUGAAACCCUCCAGGGAUCGGCCUCAGGCACUUGUGCCAAUGGCUUCGGAGUCUGCUGCGUCUUACAGGCGACCUGCGACGGCACGAUAUCUGUGAAUGGCACUUAUUUCACCAACCCGGGCUAUCCAAGCAGCUACGCCAGCCCCGGAAUGUGCUCAGUGUUGCUGAAGCCACCUGCCGGUACAUGUCAAAUUCUGAUCGACUUCGAUGCCUUCAACCUCAUGGGUCCCGUUGAGGGAGAAUGUGGCAACGACACCUUCGUCGUCAUGGGAGCCAACCCUGGAAGCACCGUACCUGUCUUGUGUGGAGACAACAGCGGCCAACACAUCUACCUUGACGUCGACAACACCAACGACCCCAUCCAGCUGAUCGUCACCAACUCUGCCAACAGUUACGGCCGCCAGUGGAAAGCUGGGAUCACCUUCAUAGGGGAGAAUGACCCUUGCAAGGCUCCGCCUCGAUGCCUGCAGUACCAUAAGAACACAGCAGGUUCCAUCAUGUCCUUCAAUUAUGGCUCGAAUCCUAUGAUGUUGACAAACCAGUUGUACAGUAUUUGCUUCGGAUACGUGCCCGGAUACUGCGACAUUGGUCUUAACUUCGACAGGUUUGAUUUAGGUAACAUUAACCAAGCUUGUGAGAACGAUUACUUGGCUAUCGGCGGGCAGCAGCACUGUGGAGACUACAGUCCCUACACUGCACAAGCCAAUGCCACAGGACCCAUUGCCAUCCUAGUUGCAUCUGAUAGCGACAACAGCCGAGAGGAGGAAGGCUUCAGCGGAAACUACAUGAUGAUGCCCUGCUAGUGACGCUCAACUGAUUCUCAUCUCAAUUAUCCUCCCCUCUCCUCACGUAACCCUCCUCCACCCUCACUUACAGGAGUGUUUGUUCUCCGUCCUGACCGCCAAGCUAUAAGAAUAUUCCCCUUUCAUAAUAAUU